ACCACAUUAUUAAAUUCCAACAAUUUUCUCGCCAGUACUCAUCUCCCUUUUGAUCUCUAAAUCCCAACAUCCCCGACACAAUCUAUUUCCUGGUUCUUGUAAUCCUCAAUUUAAUCAAGAAUAACUGCAAAUUAAUUUCCAAAAAAACAAAACAAAAAUUCCAAAAAAAAACAACCUUCUGUUUUCUUCUCCACCUAAUUUCUCAACUGAUUUCUCCAAAAUUUUCUGUACCCCCAUUUCUCUCCCCCGUUGAUUUCACCCGAUUUCAUAUCCUGCAUGUCUGAUCAAAUGGUUCUCAUCUUCUCUUUCUCUCUCCUGCACGUUUUCCAUGAUCAAAGAGAUAUAUAUUGAUUUUUUUUUUCUAAUUUUUUGAUCUUCGGAUAAUCGGUGAGGUGGAAGAAAAAGGAUUUAGGGUUUCUAGAAAGUUUUGUUUUUGGUCAAGGAAGAUGGUGGCUAAGUCUCAGGUAUGGCAGCCGUGUAAGAAGAAGAGGUCUUGAUCAAGGGGAAGGAAGGUAGUAGUAAUUUAGAAAAGAAGAGGAGUUUUGAUUGGAGGGAACAAAGGCGGUGAGUGCCACGGUGGAGGAUGGCGUCUCGUGCGGCCGGAGGGAGUAGGACCCGUGUGGGGAAGUAUGAAGUGGGGAGGACGCUGGGGGAAGGGACGUUCGCCAAGGUCAAGUUUGCCAGGAACUUAGAGACGGGAGAGAACGUUGCCAUCAAGAUUCUUGAUAAAGAGAAAGUCUUGAAGCAUAAGAUGAUUGGACAGAUUAAGCGUGAAAUUUCAACUAUGAAACUAAUUAGACACCCCAAUGUCAUCCGUAUGUUCGAGGUGAUGGCUAGCAAGACAAAAAUAUACAUUGUUUUGGAAUUUGUGACUGGUGGUGAACUUUUUGACAAAAUUGCAAGCAAAGGGAGGUUGAAGGAAGAUGAAGCCAGAAAGUAUUUUCAGCAACUAAUUAAUGCUGUGGAUUACUGCCAUAGCAGAGGUGUUUAUCAUAGAGAUCUGAAGCCUGAGAACUUACUGCUGGAUGCUAAUGGAGUUCUUAAAGUUUCCGAUUUUGGUUUGAGUGCUUUACCUCAGCAAGUUCGAGAUGAUGGGUUACUACACACAACAUGUGGUACACCAAAUUAUGUUGCUCCUGAGGUGAUCAACAAUAAAGGCUAUGAUGGAGCUAAGGCAGAUCUAUGGUCAUGUGGUGUGAUACUUUUUGUCCUAAUGGCUGGUUAUUUGCCUUUUGAAGAUUCCAACUUAAUGGCUUUAUAUAAAAAGAUAUUUAAAGCUGACUUCACUUGUCCUCCGUGGUUUUCCUCGAGUGCAAAGAAACUCAUCUUGAGAAUCUUGGACCCUAAUCCCUUGACAAGAAUAACAAUUGCUGAGGUUAUUGAGAAUGAUUGGUUUAAGAAAGGAUAUAAGCCACCUACCUUUGAGCAAGAAAAUGUUAGUCUUGAUGAUGUGGAUGCCAUCUUCAAUGAUUCAGGGAAUUCCAAAAACCUAGUUGUGGAGAGGCGAGAAGAAGGGCCUGCGGCACCUGUCCCCAUGAAUGCAUUUGAACUCAUCUCAAUGUCCCAGGGUCUCAACCUCAGUAAUAUGUUUGAGAAGCAAAUGGGACUUGUUAAAAGAGAAACAAGAUUUACCUCCAGACAUCCUGCUAAUGAGAUUAUCUCAAAAAUUGAGGAAGCUGCAAUGCCUUUGGGUUUUGAUGUAAAGAAAAAUAACUACAAGAUGAAGCUUCUUGGGGAAAAAACUGGACGCAAGGGUCAUUUAGCUGUUGCAACCGAGAUUUUUGAGGUGGCUCCUUCACUUUACAUGGUUGAACUUCGGAAGUCUGGAGGAGAUACACUGGAAUUUCACAAGUUCUACAAGAAUCUCUCUGUUGGAUUAAAAGACAUUGUUUGGAAAUCAGGAGAGGAAGCAAAAGAGGAAGAAAGUAAUGCUUCCAGUACAAGUGCCAGUACAGGUGCCUCUAAAGCUCCUGCAAAACCUCGGUGAUUGCCCACGGAUGACAUGCUAUAGAUAUCAGUUGCUUGUAAAGAAAGUUUUUCAGCUUUUCUGGUUUGCUUGUUUUAGCUUAAUGGUUUGAAUGAGUUUGACUUUACCAUUGAAAACUGGAAUCAGAUACCUUAUUGGGGGUUUGAGAUUUAAAUAUAUUGAGUACUGUGGGUCUGUACCAAAUAAAUAAAAUAAAAAAAAAGUUGUAAA